AUGGAAGGGAUGGCUUCCACGUACCAUGUCAGGCAUCUUAACAGCCGUCUACUGGCUCUGGGGUUCACAGGUCCCGCACUCUCCGCUCGACAGUUUUCUGCGGGUCCAAAUUUCCCCGUCGUUGCAAACAUUCUGCAGUGGCUGGCUAUCCUUUGUGGCAGUUCUACAGAACUGGACACAUGGACGGUGGCCACUGAAGAAGGCCGGGUGGCGUUUUUGCAGCACGCCGCCGAUCACGUGGCUCGGCACGCAAAUGUCAGCUUGGAUCUCGUGGCGAUGUAUGAGGCAGACGACAGGGCGGUACCGGAACUCAUCAAUCUUUGUAAUGCACUCUUGACGGCGUUGCGAGACCGCACCAUUGGAGUGCCAGUCCAGCCGUGCGACUCAGAUCCACCGACAACGCCGCGGAAAGGCACCUCCACGUCAACUGCCCUCGCUUUGAUGCCGCAGACGACACAUGCAAGCUUCGGAGGGCCUGUAGCUCUGUGUGAUGGGGCAGGCAAGGUCGACAGGCUUGUCCUGGCCACGAAACUUCAGGAACUCAAGAGUGCGCGCGCCACCGUCUUCCAUCUCGUGGAUACUGGGGCUUCCCUUCUUCAAGCCCUCGAGCGGCACAACGGGCUCGAACGUGUCCGUCUCCGGCGCCGCGUUCGCGAGUUGCUGCAGAGGCUUGCACUGAAUCUGGACGGACAAGCUGAUCACCUGCAGGCAAAUAUUCAACGCCAGCUGGAGGAACAAGUUCGCAAAGCCAGAGAAGAUCUGAAAUGCACGCAGGACGCCUGCCUCGAUUUGGAUAACGAAUUGAAGCGGACAAAUGUCGCUCUAAGCAGGGUGACAGAGGAUAGUGAUAGAGCAGAGCAGCGCUUAAAGUCGCUGCAGCAUCUGAAGCCUGCCUUCAUGGAUGACCGCAAGAGGCUCCUGGCAGAGCUUCAAGAGACGUACGAGGUAUACAUCGCCUGUGUCCGGAACGAGAGCUUCCUUGAGAUGGAGGCGCAGAAACGGCAGGCAAAGGCGCGGGACGGGCUGGCGGCGCAGCAGAAAUUUCUGGAGAGCCUCCAACAAAAAGUGAAGGACAAGGGCGAGCCUUUUUUAGACUGCGAAUCCGACCGCGGGGCAUCGGGGGACGACAACGAAGACGCCCAGGGGCAAGCAGAGGGCGAAAGCAGCGUUAUAGGAGGUACACCGGACAGAGGGGAAUUGACCGCGAUAGGGACAAGGGGGAUAGUCACUGAGUUCGACAUGCCAGCAGACGUGCGGCGGUACCGCCGAAGUGGAAGAGACGAAACGAGGGAAAGCGCCAACGGAGGCCUCUUAGGCGGCCACGAUGCUUCCCAUGCUCUUUCGCGAAUGGAGCAAGACAAGGUAUCUCUCUGGUGUAGCAGCAGUGACCUCUCUAACGAAGAAGCCUGCGAAGAGGAGCGUGAAACGAAAAGGCCACAAGAAACGCAGGCAGGAAAUCAGCGUGCAGAGUUGCGUAGAAGAGAGACGCUGGCGGCAACACCGACAGAAGCAGGAAAGAAGGCCAGCCUGGAUGAUUUCUACGCUUUACUCAGUGGAGGGGCUGAGCCCGGUGAAGCGAGCGACGCAGCGGAAGAGGAGCUCAUGUCACCGAAGGAAAGACGGCUGGCACAGCAAAAGGCCUUCCGAGAAGAGAUUGAAGACUCCCUCUUCUGA